AUGGAUGAAAGCAGUUCAUCAAAUAUGUUAGACUCAGAUCCUACUUCUCCUUCAUGUGGGAAAAUAUUUGGUACAGAUUAUAUCUCGCUAUUUUCGUUGCCACCUGGACCAAUCAUACCAAGAACUCGACUCCAAGAUCGACAGAGUGGCUGUGGAUAUGUUGAUAUUCGAUCUGAGACUGAUCUAUCGAUUUCAUGUGAUGAACGUUCUUGUAAUCAGUUGGCCACUGCAGUUUGUCAGAAAGCACCAAUACGAAAGAGUCGUGCAGUUGUGGCAAAACGUGUUUAUGAUGGAUCUUUGUUGAAUGGUCAGUCGAAUUCUGUUGGGAAGCAUUUAGCUGCAGUCAUCUGGAUGUUUUCACUUGUUUUUAUUCUCUUAAUUAUUGGAUUUACCUAUGUACUAUACAAUCGUUAUCUAAUGCGAAAGAAUAAUAGUUUCAUUGUUACAACUAGACGUAAUAAUGAUUCUGCUUAUUCUCAAUUGUCAACUGGAAACGAAUUUGAUUUGAAUUAG